AUGAAAUUCACAACCGCUACUGUAGCGGCUUUGGCCUCCACGGCCCUUGCUGCUCCCUCUUCCACUCGCGAGGAGCAACCUCGUCAGGCUUCUUCCGCCUGCUCUUCCAGCGUCUCCUUGAAUGCAAAGACCAAUGUUUUCCAGAAGUACACCUUGCAUCCCAACAACUUCUACCGGGCUGAAAUUGAAGCUGCGGCCGAGGGCAUGAGCGGUUCUCUCAAGGAUCAGGCUCUCCGCGUUGCUGAUGUUGGCUCCUUCGUCUGGCUUGACACCAUUGCCAACAUUCAACGUCUUGAGCCCGCUAUCUCCGAUGUCCCCUGCGACCACAUUUUGGGUGUGGUCAUCUACGAUCUUCCCGGCCGUGACUGCGCCGCCAAAGCCUCCAACGGUGAGCUCAAAGUGGGCGAACUGCCCAAGUACAAAUCGCAGUAUAUCGAUCCCAUUGUCAAAAUCAUUAAGGCGCACCCCAACACCGCGUUUGCUCUCCUCAUCGAACCUGACUCCCUCCCCAACCUCGUGACCAACAUCAACUUGCAGACCUGCCAGAACUCAGCCUCAGGUUACCGCGAGGGCGUUGCUUACGCCCUGAAGAACCUCAACUUGCCCAAUGUCGUCAUGUAUAUUGAUGCUGGCCAUGGGGGUUGGCUCGGAUGGAACGACAACCUUAAGCCUGGAGCCGAGGAGCUCGCCAAAGCCUACAAGGCCGCCGGUAGCCCUUCUCAAUUCCGUGGCUUCGCCACCAACGUCGCCGGCUGGAACUCUUGGGACGCUGAACCUGGCGAGUUCUCCUCGGCCCCCGACGCGCAGUGGAACAAGGCCCAGAAUGAGAAGAAAUACGUCACUCUUUUCGGCGCUGCCCUUCAAACGGCUGGCAUGCCCAACCACGCCAUUGUUGAUACAGGUCGCAACGGCGUCCAGGGUCUCCGUCAGGAGUGGGGCAACUGGUGUAAUGUCAACGGCGCCGGCUUCGGUCUCCGCCCCAGCACCAGCACCGGCCUCGAGCUCGCCGAUGCCUUCGUAUGGGUCAAGCCUGGUGGCGAGUCUGAUGGUACCAGUGACUCGAGCGCCACCCGCUACGACUCAUUCUGCGGCAAGUCUGAUGCUUACAAGCCUUCUCCCGAGGCUGGCACCUGGAACCAGGCUUACUUCGAGAUGCUUCUCAAGAACGCGAAGCCAUCGUUUUAA